CACGCACAGUGCAGGAAGGGAGGCCUUAAUGCUUAAACCCUCCAUUCUCUCAUCUUAUCCCCUCCUUUUGCAUUUUCUUUAACUCAUCUCAUCUCCAUCAUUUACCUUUCAUGCUCUAAAUUUUCUGGGUUUUUUUGUUUGGUUAAAUUUCACCAUUACUCGCAGUCACCGACUGAUGCCAAUUUGGCCCAAGCUUCUUCCGGCGGGACGAGUCCCACCGAUUCACAGUAGCUAUCUUCUUCAUCCGGCGGCUACAAUCACCAUGAAAACUCUCCCUAAUUUGAAACCCACCAGGGCAAUUGACAUCUUCUCUCGGGUCUUCCCUCACAGGCUAAAGUUCCAAUCUUUCUUGAGGUUUCCGGUUGGGUCGUCGGCUCAUUAUCCAGGGAGGAAUGAACAGAUUCGGGCAUUGUCCACCCGGGGAAGGAGGACAGCUUCCGGGUCUGGCGACGGAGGAGGAGGAGGCAUUGUUCGGGCCGGGGCCGGGGCCCGUUCCAAGAGUUUGAUGGAGGAUGAGGCUGACCUUAGUGACUGGGUAAGUGGGUUAAGUUCCAAGUCUUUUAAUAAAACUCAGCUCUAUAGUGAUGAUAGUGAUGAUGAUAGAGGUAGGAAUACUAGUAGUAGUAGGAACAGGAGAGAUGAUGGGAGGGAAGAGAGGGGUGGGAAGAGGAGGAGGGACAGCGAUUUCACCGAUUUUAGGGCUAAUUCUGUUAGGCGAGGUGGCCCCCGUGAUUCAGCACAUUCAUUUCCUAAAAGACGGGAAAGUGAUUUUGACAAUUUCGGGUCUUCAAAUAGGCGCGGUGGUCCUCGCGAUAGGCAGAGAGGUAUGGAAUCAAAUGACAGGUUCUCGAGGGGUUCGAAGGAUAGAGAGGGCGGUGGCGACAACAUGUUUAGGCGAAAUGGUAGGGAUUCAAAAGAUGGAUUUUUGAGGGGUCGGGAUGCUAAUGGGAGAUCUUCGGGAUUGCGUGUUAGGCCUGGUGGUGGAAAUCAGGGGCGACGGGAGGGCUCUGGAAUGGACUUUGGAAGAAGUAGUAAGCGGAAUAAUUUAGGGCGAGGGAGAUUUGUGUCAGAUGAAGACGAGGAAGUAGAGGAUGAGAAUGACAAGAGUUAUAUGAGCUUUAAAGAGUUGAUUGAUAGUGAGGAAGGUAGUGAAGUUGACGAUUUUGACAGCAAUGACGAGGUUGUCGAUGAUGCGCUUGAGGAAGAAAACGUCUUCUCUCAGGCAAGGAGUGAAGGCACCACUGUGAGAGCUCCUCCAUCUAGUUCUGCUGAAGGAAGCGACUCCUACCUGAGUGAAUCCAGGUUUGACCAGUGCCCCGUUUCUCCCUUGUCCCUUAAAGCACUUAAAGAUGUUGGAUACGAUAAGAUGACAGUGGUACAGGAGGCAACUCUACCUGUCAUUCUAAAAGGUAAGGAUGUGCUGGCUAAGGCAAAGACUGGAACUGGGAAAACAGUUGCAUUUUUGCUUCCUUCUAUCGAAGUAGUUGUAAACUCUCCAUCUGCUGCUCGUGAUCAGAAGCGACCACCGAUCCUCGUUCUUGUUAUUUGCCCAACUAGGGAGCUAGCUAGUCAAGCUGCUAAAGAGGCCAAUACAUUGUUGAAAUAUCAUCCCUCAAUUGGGGUUCAAGUUGUUAUCGGAGGCACGAGGCUUGCUCUGGAACAAAAAAGAAUGCAAGCAAAUCCAUGCCAAAUUCUUGUCGCCACACCUGGAAGACUUCGAGAUCAUAUUGAGAACACAGCUGGGUUUGCAACCAGAUUGAUGGGUGUCAAAGUUUUGGUGCUUGAUGAAGCUGAUCAUUUAUUAGACAUGGGAUUCCGUAGAGAUAUUGAAAAAAUCAUAGAUGCUGUUCCGAAACAGCGUCAGACACUUCUUUUCUCUGCAACAAUACCUAAGGAGGUUCGUAGCAUUUGUCAUAUUGCGCUGAAAAGAGAUCAUGAAUACGUUAACACAGUUGAAGAAGGCAGUGAAGAAACUCAUUCAAAGGUCAGGCAGAUGCAUAUGGUUGCUCCUCUAGAAAAACAUUUUACGCUUCUGUAUACUCUUCUGAAAGAGCAUACAGCUGCUGAUGUAGAUUAUAAGGUUCUUGUAUUUUGUACAACCGCAAUGGUCACAAAACUUGUUGCUGACCUUCUUGGUGAACUUAACUUGAAUGUCCGAGAAAUACAUUCCAGAAAGCCACAGAGUUACAGAACCAGGAUUUCUGAUGAAUUUAGGAAGUCAAAAGGUCUGAUUCUUGUUACAUCCGAUGUAUCUGCGCGCGGUGUUGAUUAUCCUGAUGUCACACUGGUUGUUCAGAUUGGCCUUCCAGCUGAUAGACAACAAUAUAUUCAUCGCCUUGGAAGAACUGGCCGCAAAGGUAAGGAAGGACAAGGCAUAUUAAUGUUGGCUCCUUGGGAGGAAUUCUUUUUGUCCACUAUAAAAGAUUUGCCCGUGACCAAGGCUGAGGAGCCUCUUGUUGAUCCUGAGACUAAGAAAAAGGUCGAACGUGCGCUAUCUCAUGUGGAGAUGAAGAGCAAAGAAACAGCAUAUCAGGCUUGGCUGGGCUACUAUAAUUCAAACAAGACAGUAGGACGAGACAAGUACAGACUGGUGGAGCUUGCGAACGAGUUCAGCCGUAGCAUGGGAUUAGACAACCCGCCGGCCAUUCCUAAAUUAGUCUUAGGGAAGAUGGGUUUGAAGAACAUCCCCGGGCUGCGUUCCAGGUAGUAUUUUGUGCGGGAAGAUAUAGUCGACUGAUCCCUAAGAAUGAACUUAAAACCUUGUCAACUCUUAAUAUUCUUAAAGAUGACCUACGCUUACGUUUCUGUUUAAGAGCGGAAUGCUGUCACUCUAUCCAUCUCACAAAAGUAGCCGACAUUAAAAUCUAUUAAAGUUCUAUUCAUAAACUGCAAUAUAAACUAUGUUUUGGGACGGAUGUAGUAGUAUAUAUAUAAAUUCAGAAAUUGGGGAAACAAAGGAAAAUCACAAGUUAAAUUUGGACAAAAUAAUCCGCACUACCACUCAAAACUAACACAAUCCUCAGCUGAUUACUAUGGUUCCUCCUAUGG